AUGAAUACUAGUCCUAAAUCUCCUGAAAUCAUUGGAGAAAUGAAUUCAGAUAAAUCUAAUGAAGAUAUUCCAAAAAAAGUUCAAUCAAUUGAUUUACCGGAUGAUUUGUUUGAGGAAGGCUUAAAUCCUUGGAAGUUUUCGCUAAUUGGAAGAUUACAAUUGCAAAAGACUAAAUUUGUGGGUGCAACUAUUAUCUUAAGACAACAAUGGAAAUUGAUCGGAGAUUGCAAAUUAAUUCCUCUUGGAAAAGGUUUCUUCACAAUUAAACUAGACAUUGAAAUAGAUCGAAACUACAUCAAAGCUGGUGAAUGGGAAGUUCUAAAUCAAGUACUGAGAAUUCGCAAUUGGGUAUCAAACUUUCGUCCAUCUUUUCAGAGAACAUCAAAAGCUCAACUAUGGGUACGUUUUCCUGGUUUAGGUCUUGAAUUCUGGAAGGAGAAAAUAUUGUUUGCAAUUUGUAGAGAAUUAGGAGAUCCAAUUAAAAUAGAUAUUGCAACAACAAAGUGUGAGGUUGGAUACUAUGCAAAUGUUUUGGUUGAGAUGGAUUUCGCUCAAUCAAUUCCUAGUAAAAUUUGGAUCAACACUAAGUUGGGUGGUUUCUUUCAGGAUAUUCUGAUUUUUGAAUGUCCUAAAUUUUGUACUACUUGUAAAAUUGUAGGGCAUUUAGUCAUUGAAUUUUAUGUGGAAAAAAAUAAAGCUAAGGAAUCAGUUCCAACUAAGAAAUUUCAGGUAGUGAAUCAAUCACCUCCAGCUAAAGAAGUUAAUCAAGCAAUCCCAAAUAGAAUUCCUUUCGAUAUAUGUGGUGGCUCUGACAAAGGAGAAGAUGCAAUUGUUCAUACAAUCAAUGUUAAUCCUCAGAGUAAUAUUUCAGUAGGGGAAACAAUUUUAACUCCAGGAAGAUUUGAUAGUCUUAAUACUGAAGAAUCUGAGAUGGAAGAAGAAUCUGUUAUAAUGGAAGUUUCAAAAUUAUGUGAAGUAGUGGAACAAAAUUCUGUGCAAAAUAGUGUUGUUCAAUUUGUAAAUGGUAAUACUGGAGAAGUUACAGAAGAAGUUAUUCCAGUAGUAUCAUGGGCCAAAAUAGUCAACAAAGAGGUAGUAUCUCCAUCUGGUAGUACUAUUGGUUCAUUAAGUAAAAAGAGCAAUAAUCCAGGUUCAUCAGUUAGCAGUGAAACUGUUAAUAAGGAAAUGGUAAGUCCAGCAACUGGUGUAGUUGCUUCAGGAGGUAAAAAAGACAAUAAUGCAAGUUCAUCAAAUGGCAGUCCUGGGCAAAGCAAGGCUAGUAAGUAUAUUCCAUUCAAAUACAAUUUUAGAAAAAAUUCAGGGAAGGGGGUACCAAACACCCUCAAUAAAAAUAAUGAAGAUUUUAUAUUGGAAUUUAAGGGUUCUUAG